GGUGGUGAGUCAGUCGCUCCACGACGCUAGCUCAUUGUCAGUCGCGGAUCGGGUGAGUCAGUCUCACACGGGACACGGGUUGCGCGUGAGGUACGGUGCAAUACCCCGUUGAACCGGGAAGACGAGUGAGAGAGGGAGAGAGAGAGAGAGAGAGAGAGUGACGCGCGUUUCCUUCACCGCGGUUGGAAUUGCGCGUGAAUAUCUUUGUUGCGAGCCGCGCGCAGGAUCGAGGGUCCCAUUGUUCGAGGCGAGGCGAUGAUCCCGUGAGGGAAAAGACGAUAUACAUCCUGGAUCUCCCUCGUACCGACUCCAGCAGCAUGUGGAAACCCUUCGAGGCUGGCAGCUCGCCCAUCGACUGGUGCGAGCGCAACUACAACAUCUCGCCCAGCAUCGCGGAGUUCAUGAACACGUUGAGCAAUGUAGUCUUCGUGUUGCUUCCACCCGUGCUCAUGCACCUGUUUAGAGAUUACGCACGCUUUGUGAAUCCAGGAAUUCACAUAGUCUGGUUCUUACUGAUGAUAGUCGGACUUACUAGCGCGUAUUUUCACGCUACUUUGUCUUUGAUAGGUCAACUAUUAGAUGAAUUGUCUAUUUUGUGGGUGUAUAUGGCAGGCUUCUGUAUGUUCUUUCCCAGAAGAUAUUUCCCCAAUGUCGUACAUAACAACAGAAAGCUCUUCUCUAUAUGCGCAACGUUGCCCACUUUAAUCGCUACCGGCUUGGCCUUAAUACAUCCGGCCGUAAAUGCUUUCGCAUUGAUGAGCUUGGGUAUACCAGCGAUCGGAUUCUUGAUCCUAGAACUGAAGAGGACUACCUCGAUAAGAGUAUACAGACUGGGUUUGCGAUGCGGCGCCAUGUGGAUACUGGCGGUGACCUGUUGGCUGAACGAUCGUCUAUUCUGCGAUACCUGGCUGAGUCUGAACUUCCCGUAUCUCCACGCGCUGUGGCAUCUAUUCAUCUUUAUUGCGAGUUACACCGCAGCGGUGCUUUUUGCAUAUUUCGCUGUGCAAGAUGAGAAGCCGCAGCAAUUGCCGGUGCUCAGGUAUUGGCCGAGGGACGACUUCGAACUCGGUAUACCAUACGUGACUAUUCGAAGUUACACGAGUACGAGCUAUAAUAUGAAUAUAUAGCUUCCGCAAUAGCUCCGAGAUCGUUAAUAUCGUGAAUACAUUAUUUAUUACGAUGGUACGCCUGUAUGGAGAGAACAAUUUUACUGCGGUAUCUAAAAAUUUAAUUGGAUACAGAUUAGAAAAUAAUUGUAUGUUGGACCCAUUAAAAUAUUUAUGUAAAAUGCUCAAGUAUCAAUAAUAUUACUGCAAACAAGUUUUGUUACUCUAUCGAUCAGUUUAAAUAUCCAAUUUUUCCAACUGCAUAAUUAUUUUCAGAUCUGUAUGUGUAUUUCAGAGAAACUGUUCUUUCUGUAUAAUCUUUGGAUUUUAUGCAAUAUUCAGCGUUUAAAUGAAAUGCGCAGAUACACGGUGCGACGUCACGCGAUUUAUAUAGAUAUUAAUUAUAUCUUAUAUAAUUAAGUUAUAACUCGUUUUAAAGAAUCGAUGAUAAAGUCAUGAAAAAGAUUAAAUUUUAUAUCGUAAGAAAAUGAAAAAAGUAUAUAAGAAAUUUCUAUAUAAAUGGCACUGAAUACUUAAGGUAAAGUGAUAAUUUCAGAAAUCACUGAAUGAGCAAUGUGAUUUGAGACAUUCUAAUUUACUGAAUAUGCGUUUCAUUUAACAUACGAGACGAUUGAAAAUAUCAAUGACUAACGAGUAGAUUACAUAUCCUGUGUAGCCUAAUAUUUCUACCUGACAAUUAGCUUUUCUCCAAUUUCCUUUCCUUUUACUUCCUGUGAUGUUAAAGUAUUUAAAAAAUCUGAAAUAGAUCUUGAAAAGGGGUAUAUAGCUUUACAAAAAAAAAACUUUUGUUUCAUUGUUGAGGAUGUAAACGAUGCAAUAAGUUCUGUACAUAAAAGCGAAAUGAUUAAUUCCUCAAUACUCACGAGACAAAGCGGGUAUAGAAAAAAAAUCCCAGAUAUUUAUUAUUACAUAUGUACAUUAGCGGAUUAGAAAUUAUUUAUGGAAUGAUUACAUUGUGAUAUGUGUACUCUUGUUAACUUUUUUAUAAAGGACUAUUUUAUAAAUGUGCUCUAACGAAUUGUUAUUAAGAAUCAUGCGUAUGUAUUUUAUAUUUUAAGUACUGGAAACGCAUAAAGAUAUAAGCAUAGAA